AGAGGAGUUGGUGGUCAAUAUAUUACCUGUGCAAGCAGGAGCUUCUAGGACUGAAUGAGCUAAACUGGUUUCUUGCCUCUAUCUCUCUCUCUCUCUCUCUCUCUCUCUCUCUCUCUCUCUCUCUCUCUCCCCACCUCCGUUACCCCUCCCCCUGGACCUGUUCGGUCUCUUCUGCUAGAUUCUCACCUGUGGCGGGGAGGGACUGAGCACAUGUGCGUUUAGAAGGUGUGUCAGUGUUUGCACAGAUCACAGAAAAGAAAAACCAGUUGAACAGCUUCAAGCAGGGUAUGAUGGGAGGGGGAGGGGGGCUGCCAUCUCCUGCUGAGCUGUGCACAAGACAGAUUAGUUGAGCAGGCCUCUGAUAAGUUUGAUGAGGGAGCUAUGCUAGCUUUAUGAGUAGCCUACACCUACAUGUCAUAUAUUUUGGGCAAGACCAGCUUUAAUAUUUGUACAAGUCUUUAAAGUUCAUUUGCAUAGUGUUUUAGUCGUCCUGUCGUUUUCUAUUUAUAGAGACACAAGUUAGGACAAAUAUAUGGCAAUAAACGAAUUGAAUAUAUACACUGUAACUUGAUAUAUGUUUUUAUUUGAAUAUUUUCCAAAAUCUGCAUGUCUCAGUGAAAAAUCAAUGAUGUAGAAAUUGCUGUUUCCCUGCAACACCCAGAAGUGAACAGUAGGCGACCCGGAAGACCUGAACUACGUCUGAAAGCGAGAAGAAAGAACAUUCUAACCAUUUAUAAAAUACAUCCAAAUAUUCCAGCGAGGUGACAGGAUGGCUGAGCCUCGUUUUAACAACCCCUACUUCUGGCCUCCGCCUCCAAGCAUGCCUGGUCAGCUGGAUAACCUAGUCUUGAUCAAUAAAAUCAAGGAGCAGCUGAUGGCAGAGAAGAUACGUCCUCCACACCUGCCCUCCACCACAGUCCCUUCCCAGCAGCCCUUGCUGGUCCCGGCCACCCAGACAGAAGGCGGGCAGCACGGUAUGCCCGGUCCCAAGGUCCAACAGAUGGGUGGGGGACUCCACAGCCACAGUCACAGCCCGUCUCAGCCAGACAUCGCCCUUCACGCACGGCCAGCCUCCAGCACAGUGGCAGGUAGCUACCCUGGUCCCUCCCUGUUCGUUCAGCCGUCAGGUAGCUACCCUGGUCCCUCACUGGUCCCUUACCCAUCAGGGCGUAUUCUUGGUGAUGUAAACUUGAAUCUGGACGAUAAGACAGCUAUAAAGGCUAGAGGACUGUGGGAGGACUGGCAUUUGCGUCAAAUCAUAGACCAACCCUCUCGAACAAACCACCUGUCAGGUUUGACCCUCUCCUCUCGGACAGCCAAUCACAACACAUCAGAGGCAAUCACACAGACCACACCCACCUCCAGCAGCCAUAGCAGGCUAGGGGUUGCCCCCAGCCUCAUCGCGGGAUUGGCCGGCGGGCACGGGAUGGAGCCAAUCAAAAGCAACGGAGGCCUGGCUGGACUUCUAGGACCCCAACCCAAAGUGGAGCGAGGGCGUAAGAAGAUAAAGGCUGAGAACGGGGCUGGUCCUCUCCUGGUGGUGCCCUACCCCCUCCUGGCCCCUGGGAACGACCAGCCCUGCCUCACCAUCACUGCCAAAGAGGGCAAAACGUACAGGUGUAAAGUGUGCCCGCUGACCUUCUUCUCCAAGUCCGACAUGCAGAUCCACUCCAAGUCGCACACGGAGGCCAAGGCCCAUAAGUGUCCCCACUGCUCCAAGUCCUUCGCCAACGCCUCCUACCUGGCCCAGCACCUGCGCAUCCACCUGGGAGUCAAGCCCUACCACUGCUCCUACUGUGAGAAGUGCUUCCGCCAGCUCUCCCACCUCCAGCAGCACACCAGAAUUCACACAGGUGACCGGCCUUAUAAAUGUGCCCAUCCAGGAUGUGAAAAGGCUUUUACUCAGCUCUCCAACCUGCAGUCCCACCAGAGACAGCAUAACAAAGACAAGCCCUUCAAGUGUUCCAACUGCUACCGUGCGUACUCGGACUCCGCCUCGCUGCAGAUCCACCUGUCAGCCCACGCCAUCAAGAACGCCAAGGCCUACUGCUGCAGCAUGUGUGGCAGGGCCUACACCUCAGAGACGUACCUCAUGAAGCACAUGUCGAAACACACGGUGGUGGAACACCUGGUGUCCCACCACUCUCCUCAGAGGACAGAGUCUCCCAGCAUCCCUAUACGGAUCUCCCUCAUCUGACAACUUCCUGUCGGACUGGACAGCCCGCCUCCACCCCGUCACCGAGCAACCCCACCCUCUGGUCCAUCGAGUAAGAUUCCUCUGUGAUGUCUGCCGACUUUCAGCCCAGCGUGACCAAUCCCAGAUGACGGUUGUUGUCGUUUUGUUUUCCCCUUGGCAGGGUCUAAAAUGUGCGCAAAUAUUUGUACCUCAUUAUAAGGUAGCCUCUUCUUUUUAAUAUAUUGUUCUCUCCUUCUGUAUCAUUCUAGAUGUUGAUGGUAUUAACGGGGAAUGUUUGGGACAUCCAAAGAUGAAUUCACAGCACUUUCAGGCCUUUGAGUACUGGCCCAAAAAAGAUUUUAGUCUAAUAAGACAAAAAAAAAGUAUUGUUCCUGGCAGCUAAAAUGUCAACCCUUCUUGUUAUAGAGUACUA